CGAGGUAUCUCCGGUAAUCCGUCUGGCAUUUUUGAUAUGUUAUUUUACUAUCCAGUCUCUUUGUAAAUAGAUUGUCAGUCCAAGCAUUAAACUAUUCUGUAUGAUGUAUGCACAAUUUGCUUCUUAAAACUGACUUUCAAUACAUAUAACCUAUACGUGACAGUCGCAUUAAAUCAUUGUAAAAGUGAAAAUGAGUUUCAAACGAAUUAGACUAUCCCUCUUCCAUAGAACUUAUAGACAAAAGUUUCUUCGGUUAGUAAGGAAUGCAUCAUUUAACACCGAGCAACACAAAUUUGAUGUGAUUGUUGUUGGGGGUGGUCAUGCUGGCACAGAAGCGUGUGCAGCUGCUGCUAGAAUGGGUGCCAAGACUUUACUGGUUACCCAUAAGAAAAGUACAAUAGGAGAAAUGUCAUGUAACCCAUCGUUUGGUGGAAUUGGCAAAGGACAUCUCAUGAGAGAAGUCGAUGCUUUGGAUGGAGUUUGUUGCCGUAUAUGUGACCUGUCUGGAAUUCAUUAUUUUGUAUUAAAUAAGAGGAAAGGACCGGCUGUAUGGGGGUACAGGGCACAGAUCGAUCGUAGUUUAUACAAAAGACAUCUUCAGGGAGAACUUUUCAACACACCAGAUUUACAAAUUUGGGAAUCAUCUGUCGAGGAUUUAAUUGUACAGGGAGAUACACCAAGUUGCCAUGGAAUAAUUCUAAAGGAUGGAACAAAGAUACACAGUGAAGCAGUUGUUAUAACAACAGGCACCUUUCUGAAGGGUCAGAUUAAUAUUGGCUUGGAGAAGAGGCCUGCUGGUAGACUAGGCGAUGAACCAAGCAUCGGUCUAGCCAAUACCUUGGAUAGAGUGGGAUUUAGACUUGGAAGAUUAAAGACUGGGACACCGCCGAGAUUGGAGCAAUCUACCAUAGAUUUUUCUAAAUGUAGGGUACAGAUACCAGACAAAGAACCUACACCUUUCUCGUUUAUGAACGACACCGUUUGGAUACCGGCAGAAAAACAGCUAAACUGUUACGGUACAUCGACGAACGAAGCAGUCGCGAAAAUAGUAAGGGAUAACUUGCAUUGCAAUUUGCACGUAACGGAGGAACUAACGGGUCCACGGCACUGUCCGAGCAUAGAAAGCAAAGUUUUAAAAUUUGCGGCAACUCGACACCACGUUUGGCUAGAACCAGAAGGCUUGGACUCUCCCAUAACAUAUCCAUCCGGAUUGUCAUGCACGCUUCCCGCCGAGAAACAAGAGGAGCUUAUUAAAUGUAUUCCCGGAUUAGAGAAUGCUAAAAUGUUAACGCCUGGCUACGGAGUGGAGUACGAUUACAUAGAUCCCAGAGAACUGACCGUGAGAUUGGAAACAAAAAAGAUACCAGGAUUGUUUCUAGCUGGACAGAUAAAUGGUACCACCGGCUACGAGGAGGCAGCUGCACAGGGUGUCGUGGCAGGCGCUAAUGCUGCAGCUAAGGUUCUCAAAAGGAAACCACUGAUAGUAAGUCGAACCGAGGGCUAUAUCGGUGUCCUUAUCGACGAUCUCACUACCCAAGGAACGAACGAGCCCUACAGAAUGUUUACCAGUCGAGCGGAAUUUCGAAUGAGUCUGCGAUCGGACAACGCCGACGCGAGGCUCACGCGAAAGGGGUACGAAACCGGCUGCGUAGCCGAGGAAAGAAUGGCAAAGACCGAGAAUGUUUUGUCGAAACUGAAGGACAGCAUAGAUUUGUGCAAACGCGAUUUACGAUCGAGCACUGAGUGGCGAAAAUUACUAAAACUUCGACCAUCGAAAAACUCUAAUAUGAAAUCUGCCUUUGACAUGUUGGGUCUAGCGGACAAUAGUGUGACCGUCGAUACGUUAAUCUCGACGUUUCCCGAUCGUUUUGGUUACCUCGCCGACGACUCCAACCUCGCCCGGAGAUUACAGAUAGAAGCGACUUAUGCGUAUUACAUCGCGGAACAACAGCAAGAGGUCAAUGAAAUUCGCAAGAACGAACAGAUGACGAUACCUCCAAACAUCGACUAUAGCAUGCCUCGUUUGUCAUUAUCCAUGGAAGAGAGGCAGAAGCUCGUAGAAUUGCAACCGUACACGAUCGCUGCAGCCAGUCGAAUCGCAGGCGUAACACCGGCGGCUAUUUUGCGGUUGAUAUAUUAUAUAAAGUAUAAGUGUAACCCAAGUAGCGUGUAAAUCAUUAUAAAUAAAGAAUUUGACACGAC